AUGUCGGGCCAGAGUAUUACGGACCGGAUCACCGCAGCCCAGCACAGUGUAACGGGAUCCGCUGUGUCGAAAACAGUAUGCAAGGCCACCACACACGAAGUCAUGGGCCCGAAAAAGAAACACUUAGACUGUGAGUAUGCUUAUUUUAAUUUUAUUUUGUUCAUACUGAAGUGGUGUUGAAGUUAAAUCACCGCAGGCUGUAGCGCCGCUUUGACUGGCUGAGUUAUGGCGACCAGGCCUCAAAGCCUCAGGACAGGCUAAAUGCUAUUGCUUUGAUAUGUCAGGGAAGAUUAUAUUGUUCUAGCGUCGAGAACAGGCCUUGUUGACAAGCUGUAUGAGGCUUUCUCAACACUUAUUAAUACCACACUUAUAAAUUUACACGAAUUGUUGCUAAACUAGCUCGUCUAGCUGCCUGGUUUGGCUAAAUCCGCUCCCCUUGUCUUUCUACUCCCAGUUUGUUUGGUUAAAUAAUUAGCCCACAUAGCACAAGUCAAAUAUCUACACAUCCUGGUUUGUCUUGGCAAAAAGUCAGUCUAAGUUGGUUCCCCAAUAGGCCCUGAGUUAUAGGUUUAAUUUGCAGUUUAAUGUCAUCCCCCUCUUGUUUAACAUCCCCCAUUUUAGUGCACCUGCAGCAGCAGAACAAGUGUCUGUGUCAGCCCAGUAAUGUGACACCUGCCGUGCUCCAUGGUGGGGUCGUGAUUUUUCACUCACAAUGAGGCAUCACUGUAAAGCACAAGAACCACAGUCAAUUAUUCAGAUUUGGGGGGGGAAAAAAAGUUCACCCCCCUGCUUGAAGUCUUGUUCAGGUCACCAGUCAAUAGGGGAGAGUGGGGUAAGUUGAGCCAAAGGGUAAGUUGAGCCACCCCUUGUUGCUUGGAAAUGGUCAAAGAAAUUGAUAAUUUGACCUAAUACAUCAAUUCAUGGAGUCUGUGAAGGUUAGAAGCACAUGCGUGAAGGGGUUUGACAUUUAGGCUAUGUUCACACUGCAGGUCAAUACCGAUUUUUUUUAACCGAAUGACACAAAUCUGAUUUUUUUCAUGUAAGUGUGAACAGUGCAAUUCUGACCCAGGCCUCUUUUGUAUGUUGAUAUAAAUCGGAUAUGUAUCUGAUGUGACUGCAGUGUCCGACCUAUACGUUAUCAAUAUGCGACAAACGUCACUAUUGUUUGACAACGCAAACAGGCGCGGAAAGCAAUGGCGCAUGAGGGAACGGAGAACAGCGAGUUGUGCGCUUCUGGGUAACUUCAUGGAUGCAUUCUGUUCACAUUAGAUGCCGCAUUCAUUGUUGUAAUGUGAACGACCGCUCAAAAAGAUCGGAUUUAACAAAUAAUCUGAAUGUGCAUCAUAACCUGCAGUGUGAACAUAGCCUUAUUUAAAAAAAAAAAAAAACAUUUUUCCACUCUUGAAAGUGAAUUUAGUCUAUCAUAAGUUUUAUUAGAGUUGUAUUCAUACCAAAAAAAGAUCAUUUUAAAUUUGUUUUAUACGUCUAUUGUGGUAUCUAUGAGGUCAAAAACCUAGCAUAAAAGUCCACCAUUUUAACUUAGAGGACUAAUAAAGUCAUAAUAGUAGUUCUGGGGUAAGUUUAGCUAGUGGGUCAACUAAGAAAGUAAAGAAGUCUGAUGAGAGGAUCAGAGUUUCAGUUCAGAUUGUUGAAAUGUUUGACUUUUUCUUUUCAAAAAUACCGUCAUUUUUGCACUAUGAGACGCACUUAAAAUCCUUUUGGCUUGUCGGAGCGCUGCAGCUACCGUAGCCUCGCUGAGUUAUUGAAUGAGUUCAGUAAAGUUUGACUUGUCAGACUGUUUUGUUUGGCUUAAUGCGCUUUAUAAUCUGGUCCGCCUUAUAUGAAAACAGACGCGAAGAGAUGCGUUCAUUGAUGGUGCUCCUUGUAGUGCGAAAAAUACAGUACAGCUGUGAAUCUUCUGAAGCACACUUAAAGGCAUUCUCAUAUAGAAAUGGCUUUUUACAAAACAGCUUUUUAGCAGUUAUAUGCAAUAAUAAAAAAAAGAAUUUUGUACCAGUCAACUUACCCCAUACACAGGUAAGUUGACCAUAGGACACCAUUUUUUUUUGGCAUGCUAUAUUAUCAAUACAGUUAUUUUUACACUCAUUCUGUUGGUUUGCAGGGAUGUACAGCAUCUUGAAAUAUAUACAGAUACACUAAAACUAUGAUUGCCUCGAUGUAGUGAUCGAAAUAUGAAAAAUGGCUCAUCUUACCCCACUCUCCCCUAUCCUGUUUCUAUCCUGACAUUAUCAUACCAGCUUAAAUCCUGGUGUGAUCAUCAGUCUGAUUCACUCAGUCAGCGGAGUCAUGUCUGGCUGUACAUGGAGAUGAAGUGGUAGAUUUUCUGCAUAUCGAUCAGCACUUAAAAUGCAUAAUGGCAGUGAUGAAAGUGUUUUUAUGAAGGCCCGCAUCAUAAGAGUUCAGCAACAGUCCAGGAAAAAGGUCUAAGCUGUAACUUUAGACUUACAUGCUCACUGUAAAAGCUUGAGGAAGUAGAUGUGGUUUGAGAAAUCUGACAUCUCAGCUGUUUGGAUGCACACUCGCUGUAAAUGUCUUUUGACUGGUUUUUAAAAAGUUGCAGGUUUUACACCUGUUGUGCUGAGGGGAGAUGAGUGAAAGAUGGCAGAGUGUGGCACCCUUGUUGGCUCAACUCGGCGACUGGCAUGCCUCCGCAGUCACAGAACAGACAGCCUAUAUAAUUACCUGAGGUGAUUACAGGUUGGCCUGAUGAUUCAUGCUGAAACAUAAAAGAUGACGACCGACAGGAUGAACCGAACACAGCAGGAAGUUUGCUUUAAAUGGGUUCUUAAUGUCAGCUGAAUGAGUCCUCUCCUGACAUAAUUAUUUCUACAUUAACCCCUUAAAAUAAAACGCAAAUAUUCUCUUAAUGAGUUUUUAACUUGACAGGGUUAAGCAAAAGUAAAAGAAAUAAAGGUAUGAACAGUUAAGUCUGGACUUGGCCUUAAAUGUAAGUGCAGACUUAAUAUGAUUGUCACUAAUGGAGUUUUGUAAACCCUUAACUGUGAUAAAUAUAAACCUGUUUUUUCACAAACCCCUCUUUCUCUUUCUAAAAGUCAAUGGACUGAAAGCAGGGAAAUGGAUCAUUUUACAGAAACCAUAAUUUGAAGGAUAUCUUUACAGGUGCCAUUACAGUUUUAACCCCUGGUAAGACUGAGUAAAGACAAUGGUGAUAAUGGAGAGUUUUCCUGGGCCAGCUGUUGCUGUGGUAACAGAGCUGGUGUCUUGGCGUUUGAUGAUAAUACCGUACCGUCUUGAUCAGUUAGAGCAGUGGUUCUCAAGUCCAGUCCUCGAGCCCCCACUGUCCUGCAUGUUUUGGAUGUUUCCCUGCUCCAACACACCUGAUUCAAAUGAUCAGCUCGUUAUCAAUCUGUAAUGGCUUAAUAACGAGCUAAUCAUUUGAAUCAGGUGUGUUGGAGCAGAGAAACAUCCAAAACAUGCAGGACAGUGGGCCUCGAGGACUGGACUUGAGAACCACUGAGUUAGAGGAAAGAGAGGUUGUGUUGCUUGUGUGGCUAACUUACUCCUGGUGAGUAAUAUAUCAGGAAGCCAAAACACGUCCAUACUUCAGACUUGAAACCAGACAUUUGGUAAACUCUUCAAAUCGCUCCUUUUUGCUAUCAGUCAUCAUGACGCUGCCUAGAGAAUUGCUUAAUGACUGAAUGACCCAGAUGACCAAAGUGUUUUCAAAUAAAUUUUCAUUAAAACUGCAGAGAAACAUCCACAAAAUCAUCAUUUGUUUGGCUAAACCCCCAAUGCAGUUUCUCAACAUAGAUGGAGCCGAUAAACUGAUGCACACUGAUUGGAUUGCAGGAAUUAAAAAUGACGCUCAAAGAAUGUGUCUUAAACAUAUGAAUUAAUCUUUUACUUUGAGAGUUCUGAAUUCAUAAUUCAUAUAACAGAAGUCCUUCAAAAGUACCUCACCUCUUGCAAAUAGUUGAUUGUUACAUGAAUCUGUUGGAAAAAGUUUUGAGUGAUUUUGUGGAGUUUACUUGUCCAGAAAAAGUCAUGAGAAACUUUUUGGCUUAAAGUUAUACUUCCAAAAGGUCCAGAUUUGUAAGUUUGGGGACCUCCUACCUUUGCAUCAUACCUGCACGUGUUAUCUCCACUUGUUAAACUUAGUUCAUGUCAAACUGCAACAGCAGAAUAAGAUUUAUAUUUGAUAUUUUAACUAAGUAAGAUAGUAUUUCUGAGUCUGUGUAACAUAAUUAUGUUGAUUUUUUCUUGAUAUACUUAGUUUCUUCUGCUUGAAGACAGUAAAAUACCCCAGAAGCCCAUUUUCACAUUAUUUAAUCAUGAUACCUGAUUUAAUCAUUAUUCGUAUUUGUUUCUAUCCUUUAACUCGACUCGUCAGCUUUCUUUACACAUGGCAGCCAAAGUACAAACUUUUUAUCACCAGCUUGCGUCAUCAUGACUUAAAUUUAUUUGCGUCCCAUAAAUUAAUCACAGCAGAAAUCAUUAAUGUCCAACCCUGUGAAUGUCUGAUUGUGACAUGACACUGCUGCCAGUGUUUCUUCCUCCACCAUAUUCCUCCUCCUCCUCCUCCUCCUCUUCCUCCUCCUCCUCCUCCUCCUCCUCCCCGCUCGUCUCCUCUCCUCGCCGUCGUCUUCCCUGAGCAGUUCAUCCACCCAUGCUAACUGCUGCUGCGGCUGCUGCUGCUGCUGCUUCUCUGGAAGGUUAUCCUGUCCUACUUCUGUUCCCUCGCCUUUAGAAAAGUCAAAUAUAGGACAGAAAGGGAGGCCCAGUUACCCGUCCGUCUGAUCACUGCUGUCAAUGGCAGGUUUCUUUCACUAACAUCACUGAAGCACACCGGGUUACAGGACGAGCAUAUGAGCGGUGGAAGUGGUACAUCUUAAUGCCCUGCACUUUAUGUCGGUUUGUUAAAAGGUCGCUUCGCCGCCAUUAGCAACUAAAAUGAGCCGACGACUGUUUCCACAUCAGCUGCAGAGAUUCCUGAUUACAAGUGUGUGAUUAGCAGAUCAUUAUGUUAAUGUAAUGUAAAAAAUCAGUGCUUUUAAAGUCACCAUUUCUUCUUUUUUUAGAGAUUUACCAUGAUAAUAUCAGCUGCUGCUUCAUCUUUGAAUGAUAGCAGCUUCUGAAGUCAUGUCUGCUGUGACAGUUUUGUAAAUGUGGGUAAUUUUUACUGAGUGAACACAUAAUUACUCGCAUAUUUAAUAUGUUAACAGCAGCAACGUUUGAGUAAUGAAUCCAGCUGAUAGUUUCAUGACAAAUACAGGGUGAGAGAGGAAAAGUAGCCAAACACGGUGAAAUAUUGAAACUUUACAGCCAUUUAUGAGUAAAAGUUUCCACAAAAUGUUCAAGACGUUUUCCAAAAAGGCUCCCUCUACCUCUCUUUAUAGGUAUUUAUUGGCAGUAAAUGUAUGAUGAUUCAUCCUCCAUCAAAAGUCCAAAUCAUUGGGGAUAAUCUGGUUUAUCACUAUGAUCACAAGAGAGAAGAACCAUGAAUCUUGGCUGUUUAGACGCUACAAUCACCAAAUCAGCUCCUCUACUUUUACACAUGAAGGAAAGGACAAAAAUCUCGCUUCUUUUGGACUUGCUGCUUCUUUCUUUAACUUGUUUGCUAUCAAACAAACUGCACAUAUGUGACCUGUAUCAGCGAGCAUGAGUCACGUCUCCGACUGUUUUUGGCUCUGACUUCUCUGAAUUAGUUUGAGCAUCUGGGAUUACUGUUUCACUGAGGACAGCAGGUGUUUGUCUGUACAGCAGCUCAACAUAUGAGGCCUGUAUGACGACCAAGACACAAAACAUGAAGUCAUCUACGAACCUGAAUAAUACAUCCAAUCAGGAAGUUUUUGGAGCAGUCUUCGUUUUUCUGUUGAUUUACCCUUAAGGUCUCAUGAACUCGUCGUCUUCUUCUUGUUUCAGAUUUGAUCCACUGCACCAACGAGAUGAACGUCAACAUUCCUCAACUGGCAGACUCUCUGUUUGAGAGGACGACCAACACCAGCUGGGUGGUCGUGUUUAAGUCUCUUAUCACUACGCACCACCUCAUGGUCUACGGCAACGAGGUGAGACGCCUCAGCAGACACACAGUUUUUAAAAGACCCUCAAAAAAAGCCUGAAGUCUCAUUAAUAGAAACGGGUCUUUGUGUUUGUUUCCCUCCUACAGCGUUUUGUCCAGUAUCUGGCUUCGAGGAAUACACUUUUCAACCUCAGUAAUUUUUUGGACAAAAGCGGGUUACAAGGUAACAACACUAUGACUUUUACUAAUUCUGCCUCUGCACCUUUACGAAAGAUGGGUUUGAUUUGAGCGAUAAUUCUGCUGUUUGACCGUCCAGGUUACGACAUGUCGACGUUUAUCAGGAGGUACAGCCGAUACCUGAACGAGAAAGCUGUUUCAUAUCGACAGGUUGCCUUCGACUUCACAAAAGUUAAACGCGGGUAAGAGUGUUAAAGUUUUUUUUGUCUCCUACGCAACAACAUUUGAGAAAACAAUACAUCUGUUGAGGUUUGAAAAAUGUUUUUAGUAUUUUUUUAAAACCUUGGAAAAUUUUUGUAAUGCAUCAACUAUGUUUUUAAACUGAAAAAUGUCAAAAAAUAUCCAAAACCAAGUUGAUAUUUUUAAAUUAAUUUCUGAUCAGGCAGAUACUUUCAGGCUACUGUGUGAAAAAACUGUACAUACUUAUGAAACAUUUAUGUUGAUCUGAAAAAAUACAGACAUUUAUACUAAAUGAAAGCUGUGCAUUUGAAGUGCCUCUGUUUUCAGCAGCAGUGCAUACGCGCACCCAUCUCGAUAAUUUGAGUGUCUGUGAAGACAGCAGCAUCGCAUGCAUGUUUACAUUUUACAGUCAUGUGACAGAUACUAGGCGAUGAAGAAAAAAAUCAUUACAGCAUAGUAUUGCAAUAUUUUGUUUGGUGAUAUAUCGUAUCGUCUCGUCCACCAAGUAUCGAUUUUUUUUCGAAUUAAUUGCUAAUAUGAACUCAAAUCUAUGAUAGUGGAAAAAUAAAAUCAACUGUUUGUCCAGUGAGGUCAGCAGAGGUGAACUCGUAGAGCAGGAGAAGUUAGUACAACAAAUAUAGCAGCACCUGGGGGAGGACGUUUUUAGAAAUGCAAGCAGGGCACAAAUGAAAUGGACAUGACACAUCAGGUUUACAGGAAGUGCUACAUGAAAAUUAAACACUACAGAAAUAAGACAAACAUAAAGUGACAAAUGGUAAAUCAGCUAAGCAGUUAAAAAAAUAUAUGUUAUAUGUAUGAUAAAAUGGUUAAAAUCACAAUAAUAUCGGAUCGUGGCCCAGGUAUCUAGAUAAUAUCAUAUUGUGGGGUCAUAGACUCUGCAUGCACAGCAGUCAGUUCUCAGUGUGUUCAGAUUUGAGGCAGUGAGAAGGUGAUAUGAAGGUGGUGGUGACAGCAUGAGGUGUUGGAGGUCAAAUGGAUGACAUUAAAAUAUUAUGUACAGUACAUGCAGGCCAAAGUUACAUAUGGUUCAGCCUUAAUUACCACUUUAUAGAAUGAGUCAUGUUACUGUUACAAAACCAAAAAUAUCAUGUGGAUUGAAGUGAUUUUUUUUAGUUAUGAUUCAGAAGUCAGAGCUGUAGCCUUUAUUAUUUAAUCAUGAGAAAAUUCAAUACCAACUGUUAUUUAAUAAAAUGUUAAGAAUAAGAAAAACAGAAUCUGCUGCUUCACCUUUUGUAGUUUGAGGAUCUGAAGCGUUUAUAAAGAAAUCAUAAUCGAUUGUCCUUGAAUUUGGUUUUGAUUUUGCACCGCUGAAAACAAGAUGUUUUAGAAAUUCAUCAUUAGUGAAUUUUGCUGCAUUCAGACUCUUGAAGUCAAAUUUUAUGUCCAUAUGAAAACAACUUAUUCUCUGCGCUGUGAUCAGAAUCUGAAAAGGAGUCAAAGUCUGUUUUCCUGUUUCAGAAGCGGCACUCUGUUGCUCAUCCAUCUUUCCCUCCCUCUGUCUCCUCUUCAUCUCCCCCUCUCUUCAUCUUCCCUCCCUCCAUGUGCCUCCUCAGUGUGGACGGCGUAAUGAGGACCAUGAAUACAGAGAAGCUGCUGAAGACGAUCCCCAUCAUUCAGAACCAGAUGGACGCCCUCCUCGAUUUCAAUGUGAGUUUAAGGUGAAGCCUCCUGCAGCUCUGCGGCUCGAGUAGAACCAAGCUGUCUGUCUGGAGUAAACAGAUUGCACUGAGGCUGUCGGACACAUUUUCUUUGUUCACAGACGUACAUCUGUGUUUCUGCAAGACAAAUGUGAUUGCUUUCCUUCAGGUCAAUGCCAACGAGCUGACUAAUGGAGUCAUCAAUGCAGCCUUCAUGCUCCUCUUCAAAGACUCCAUCAGGCUGUUUGCUGCUUAUAAUGAAGGCAUUAUCAACCUGCUCGGUAAGCCCCCCCACAAACCACCUUCACUCCUCAACCUCUGCUUUGUCCUCGGCUAUUUUUGUGUUUGAAGUUUCUCAUCCAAUUUAUUUUAUCACCCAACAGAAAAAUACUUUGACAUGAAGAAGACCCAGUGUAAAGAAGGACUGGAUAUUUAUAAGAAGUUUCUCACCCGAAUGACUCGGAUAUCAGAGUUCCUCAAAGUAGCAGAGGUAUGUUAACCCAAGUGAUUUAUGUUACAGAUUUUGAUUAAAAAUGGAGACUCUAUGGGACUUUUGCGAAAUAUCAGAAAACACUGAGUCCAACACUGGCAAAAAAAGCAUUUGAUAAGGUCCGACCUGCCAAAAUGUGCAUAUUUUUACAAACCUUGGGAUGUUAAAAAGACGCCAUUUAUUCUGCAGACACAUCUUUAGGGGCCGAUUUUGCCUUGCUUUCGUUCUUAAAGGUACAAUGUGUGAUUUUUAGCUGCAUUUAUAUUCCCGAAUAUAUUUUAAAGCAGUGGUUCUCAACUGGUCUCACUCUGGGACCCACAUUUUCCCAUGGUCCUGAAGUCGCGACCCACUUCAGUAUAAUUUAAAGCGAGCAAAUUAUUUUUAUUUUAUUACGAUAACCUUUAAAGACGCAAACCUUUAACACAAAUACACUCGUUUUAUUGAGUAAAGUGCAUUUCAGAGCACAUGAACUGAGGACAACAACUAUUAAAGUUGCAUAUACAGAAAAUAUGAAAUAUCAAAUUGCACAAAAUAAGCUAUUUUUCAAAAUAAAAGACAUGUCAAACAUCAGAUGUGCAUUAAAUAUUUACUUUUUUGACAAUCUGUUUGCGACCCAUCCAGAAUGUGUCCACGACCCACUUUUGGGUCAGGACCCACCAGUUGAGAACCACUGUUUUAAAGAGUGUUUUAUCACCAGGGUGUGAAAAACAUUUAGAUUUGUGGAAUCAGCCUUUUAUAUCUCUUUAUAGGGUGGGUCCCCUUCCUCUGAGGAUAGCAAUUUGCAAUAGCAAGUUUCUAUAGGAACACAAAGUGGACAAACUAGUAAUAUUUGCGUUUGUAGUUUUUGGUGGUUGGCCACAUAAAACACAGUGGUAUGAUGACAAAGAUGAAGAAAUUUGUACUAAUGAACUUUUUUAAUGGAAAAAACUUGAUAUCACUGCAGCUUUUUGUCCUUAAAAGCCACCGUAGGUCCACUCUUGGGAGGGGUUAGCAAGGGCGCAUUUCAUUUCUACACAUUGUACCUUUAACUCUAGGUUGAAGUUGCUGUCUCUGAGCUGUUCCUCUGAUCUUGACGCUGCCCUAACUUGAUUUUAACAUCGUUUCAUUUCUCGUAUAACAGCAGGUGGGCAUCGAUCGAGGAGACAUCCCAGACCUCUCUCAGGUAAGAACAAACCCUUUUAAAGAAACUACUCAAAAAAGAUCAGAUAUCCCUCUCCGACUAGAAGGUUUUCUUUGCUGAAUUUCUCUGAUUUCCAGCUCUGAAUCCUCUUUUUGCAUUAGCGUCGCCUUUUUUCUGAUUACAGAAUAAAACUGACGUUUUUAUUUUACACUGCACGAUUUCCCUCUUGAGCGCAUGUCUGCCAGAGGAGGUGCUGUUCUCCUUUUUCUUGUCUGUUUUCUUCUUCUGCUGCUGCUCCUCUUUUUUCUUCUCCUUCUUUCUACAGUAAAUAAAGGUGUUUUAAAGCAUUAGCUGUGUUUCGAACCCUCUUUCGUGACAGUUGGAAAUUUAACAAUUAAAAAAUAAAGAGCGCGUACUCUCGUGCCCGGAUGUGGGGACCAAUUUUUCCAUAAAUAUUUUACCCCCUGAGAGCUGCAGCUAAAAAUGCAUUCCCCCUCUGACUGUCACCACCUUUAUAUUCUGUAUUUUCCCCCUUAUCUUUCCACUUCAGUUCACAGUUUGUGUAAGUACUGUCAUUUCACUCUUCUUCUUUGUACGUGACUUGCUUCAGUGUUGUCUUUUUGCAUGCCUCUGCUCCGACUCUGUCUCCUACAUCGUGGUGAAAAAAACAGUUGAAGGAAAAAACACUCGCUGUGGUAAAUCCUGUUCACUUCAGUCACGUUAUCUUUUGAGGUGUAAAACCCGUGUAGCUCAUCGACUGUGACAUGGCUGCCCUGUUGUGCUUAGACACGGACAAUUCAACAACAUGUGGCUUGUUGAAAGUGCCGUGGUGCAGUACGUCAUCCCACACAGAUGUUACUCUCAUCCAAAGUAGCUUUUUUUGGCUGGAAUGCAGUCAUCCGUCAGUGGUGGGUAACUAAUAGGCCAAAUUCUUAAAAGCGAAAUUGAAUCUCCUAAUCAAUCAUAAAAUUGGCCCUGCGCCUGUGCUUCGAUUUUUGAAGCAUAUCUCAAAGUCUUCAGUGAUUUCCACUCCAUCCUGGUUGCCCACCGCUGUCCUUUCUGGUCUUGAUGUCCAUACAGACUACAUGUCCAUGUGUCAGAAAUGUGCUGACUGUGUGUUUCCUCCUCGCCACAGGCUCCCAGCAGCCUUCUGGAAGCUCUGGAGCAGCAUUUGGCCUCUUUAGAGGGCAAGAAGGUCAAAGACUCCACAGCAGCCAGCAGGUAUGCUAAUCCUCCCUUUUUCUAUCUCAGAAUAAAUCUCAUCCUUCCUCUGAUCUCAAAGAUAUGAGUUUUGUUACUUCAGUUAUAGUGUCAUCUGUCAUUUGCUGUGAUUUAAUUGCAAAGCACCUUUUGUUUACAGCAAAACAGAUGUUGUAAAAAUGCUGUAAAAAUCUUCUUUAUCAAAUAGCGUCUGUUUGUUUUUCCCCGCAGGGCUAGCACUCUGUCAAACGCGGUGUCGUCGCUGGCCAGCACGGGGAUGUCCUUCACUAAAGUCGACGAGCGGGAGAAGCAGGCGGCUCUUGAAGAGGAGCAGGCACGACUCAAAGCGCUGAAGGUGGUUUUAAAUUCAACCGAAAAUCUUAAAGAUAUUCCGGCGUAAAAUUAAUUUAGGAUCAAACACACUGUAACACAGAGUUAGACACCCCCUCAAAAGAUGAAUGUUGCCGACUGCUUGGUUCUCUAGUUAUACCAACUUUAGUAACGACCGCACGAUAGCAAUACACAGCGGUCUAAGGAGCCAUAAAUAAACCUCAACCGAAACGCCACUCUAUAGCCACAAAUAAUGCUCAGAACAGCACCUAACUUCAUCAACAGUACAUAUAGGGUCCCAGCCACAGCACCAGCCAUCAAACAUUUUUUAACUUUACCUAAUUUCUUUAGAAAAGGGACUAAACUCAACUCACCUACUCUCUUCCAGCAGCCGUUUUUUUGUAGCGAGACCUCAGGCCAGUCCAUUACGAACUGCAGCGGGGUGACGCAGCUCAAGGAAGAACAUUUAUGAUAAUUUCUUCAUGGUUACAAUUUACGCCGGAAUAUCCCUUUUAAUUUUGUAUUUACAGCUUUUACAGUGUUUGUUGUUGCAUGUUUUAAACGAAUUUGCCAUUUACAUCAGGAACAGAGGCUCAAAGAGCUCUCAAAAAGGCCCUCUUUCGCCACCACUGACACAUCACCCAUCUCCACCACCGGGGGCACCAUCAGCACAGCACCAGCCAUCGACCUCUUCUCCACACCCAGCUGCUCUAACGGGUACAGACUUCAUCUACCCUCUUUCACUGAUAUAUUGAUUUAUUUUUUGCCACCUGAGGACAGCUGUAAAAAGUUGACAGACCAUUGGGAUGCAAGUUUAUGAAAAAGACAGUUUUUUUUUACAUUUAGUAAUAACACUAGUUUUUACAUUUAGUAAUAACACUAGUUUUCAUUUGGAGCCAUGUUUCUGGCAGAAAUCCAAUAGUCGCUCUGUUGUAGCGCUGUUUUGAUCUGCAUGAACUCCUAAGAGAUCCAUUUGUCUCCAGCUGUUACUUGUUAGAAAGAGUGAAAUCAUUAAACAUUGACAUGCUGUACCGCUGAAAGGCUUCUGAGCGACUACAAAUAAUGUACGAAUAAAAGAGUUGAAGGUAGAUACAGCCUUUCCGACAACUGAUCUCAAAUUAUAACAGGAAAAAUGGGAACUGAUUUGUUUGCUCUAAAAAGAAAAAAAAAAAACAUCCUCUUUUGUUCUCUGCGUGUCUGCAGGGCGGUGAAGAUGGAGAGCGACCUCUUUGACCUGCAGUCGACUUUCCAGGCCUCCAUGCAGCCAGGCUCUACAGGGCUUCCAGUGGCAACAGCGUGGGCAGGUACAAAAAAAAAGAGCACCUGCGUUUCAGGACUCUGGUGACCUGUUCUGCAUGCGCUCCUUCUCUGGUUGUUGUCUGACUCUGAUGCCCACCUCUUCCUCUCAAUUCUGUUUCUGUCUUUUUCCCCCCCUUUUCUCUCUGUCUCUCUCUCUCUGCCUGCGUAGAUCCUUUCACCUCUGCUGAAGCUGGAGAUGAUUCCAUGCCAAACCUUAACCCUUUCCUCUCAAAACUCGUUGUCGAUGCCACUCACUUACCUGUCGUGUCUUCAGACGGUGUUAGCUUUUCCUCUAGGACAUCCGGUCAUGAAAUGUUUGGUGGUAACGGCUCAUUUUGUUCCUCCUCAGACGUCUUGUUGCUCCUGCUCAUUUCUCUGUAGUCACUUUGAAGCAUGACUAGCCUGCAUGUUAACUGUGCUACUGUUUAUCAAUGUUUAUUAUCUCUCUGAAUUAUCUUCCUCUUUGUCUGUCCGCAUAAUGCACCUCAUUACAGCCCAUAACAAGCUUAAAUCAUGAUGUUCUUCAAUGAUAACACCUCCUCUGUUUCAACCAGGACCCUCCAUGUCCUACUUUAGCGCCCAUACGCUCAUUUCGCCUCCAAAAAUCCCUCCAUCCUCUCUUUCAAAUGAGCACUCUGCUAUUGCAUUGUAAUACAAAGAUGACGUAGAGCUUUUAAGUUGCAACCUGUUCUUCUUUUACCAACACUAUGUUUGAUUCUCCAGAUCGUUACAAUCCCUUUAUUGACACAAACUCAUCCGUUUCAACCAAUUACAAACGCACAGUGCGGAUAGAACACUCCAUCUCAGGUACUACGAUGGCCUCACCAUCCAAGCCUAUGUUUCCUGAGCCCUGGCAAACAUAGGACCCCAUGAAUAAUCCCCAGGGCUCUUAUUGAGAUAUUGAAGCUAAAUAUGUGGACAUAAGCUAAUAUUAGAGGAAAAGUUUGACAUUUUGGGAAACAGAUUUUUUUGUUUCUUGCCUUGAGUAGGAUAAGAGGUUUGAUAAUUGUCUUAUUUAUGUCUAGAUGAAACAAAACUAGAUUUGAAAAGCUAAAGAGGACAAUAAACCGAACUGUGAAAUCAAAGUUGAGAAAAAAGAGAAGCAGUCUUAGAAAAUAAACGAAAAAGGGAGAAUUGAAAUAAGAAAUAUCGAGCAACAAAAAGAGUAAAAACAGGUUAAAAUUUUUUUUGUGUUCAUAUCUCUGCUUUCAAUGAUUUGACCUGAGAAAUCAAUAUUUGAUGUACGUCAUAUCAGAAGCUUUCUAGAGUUUCUGCCAGACAAGUUUUAGAAAGCGUAUUGGAUUUACUAAAUAUAGUUUAUUUAUGGAUCGGUUGGUUAGGUUAAAAGGGGGUAACCAGAAUGCCUCUAGGCUGAGAUAGAUUAGAGGACUGACCUUUGUGGCCUAGCGUAAGGCUGCUGCGGUAGAUAUUGACGUCAACAUACAAUUCACAUUAGCUGUUGUCCUUAAAUAUCUUCAAACACAUGAAUGUGAAAUCUAUAUAACAUAGUUGCAGUCAAAGUAGAUGAUACCCUGGCCACCCCUACCCAUGUCAGUGCCAAAGCUGUGCCACCCCGGUCCAAAAAGUCUGGACACGCCCCUGCACAGUGGCACGAACUUAAUCCUGCCUUUUACUUUAACUACAGUUGGGAUUUGUCAGACCUAAACCAGGACAGCUGAAGAUCUGACUUCAAGAAAGACGAGACACAUCUCCCUUAGCGCUCCAAACAUGUGCUCUAGUACCGUAGCUCUUUACUAGUGAGUAAAGUGGGCUGUGAAAUCCGUGUCAGAGGGUUACAGGUGUUAGCCUGGGUAAAAGCUGUAGCAAAAAUCUAUGUUUUGUCUUUGUUUGAAGGAUAGAUGUCCCAGUGAACCAGCAGUAGAAGGGUAGUUUAUUUACACUCCAACACAGUAGGCGGCAGUAAUGCACCUUGGUGCUGGUUGUGGAGGUAGAUCUCAGCACAUAGACCCCUUGUGACACCUCAAGUUAUUCUUAGAUCAUCUGUAGAUCAGUUUCUUACAGUUUCGAUUUUUCUGUACUACAUGAAGAAGAGAAUAUUAACGCUGUAGACUGAAGUUUUGUCAGCUGUUUCCCUUGUCUUGAUGCUUUUAUCCGACUCAAGGCAAGAGCGCCUCUAAGCUAACUUCCCAAAAUACCUCACUUUUCCUUCAGCUCCUCCUUUAUGGUUGCUACAAUACUGUUCUGCACUGUUUUCCCCCUUUACACCUUAAAUUUAACUACAUUCACAGAACUCUUAGCCAUGUUAGCUGUCUCCUUCCUGACUUUAUUGCUGUCUUUUCCAACCUGUCUCUCUGGCUUGGCCUUGAAUGCUUUUUCUCCUUUUGCUCUCUUUCUUCCUCUCUCUUUCUCUCUUUCUCUUCUUCCUCUUCUCGCUUCCUGUGGCGUGUCAGACUCCUUCUGUGGUCCAGUGUCCAUUGCCCAGCACCUCCCACACCAGGCUCCUUACCCCACUGAGCCCUCUACUGUAGCAGGUCUAUUCAGAGGUAGAGUACUGAAGGCUGUCUCUAGAAUAAUCCACUUUAGAUUGAUGGGGAUUUUUCCGCACCGCGCAGGAGGCUGUGGUGUGCGGCGCAGUUUUGGAGGAGCUAGAUAUUCAUGUGUGGAAACUCACUGUACUUAAACGGGCCAAAGAGGGGAAUAAAAGUCUAAGAAAUUUCAGUUUUACUUCGUCUUACUUCACUCUCUCUAACUCUGUCUCUUCUUCUGUGUCUUUAUUUCAAAUGAAGGAUACUCAACGCCACAGGCCCCUCCUCAACAGUCUUCAGGGGGGCUCCAGGUGGACUUUGAAUCUGUGUUCGGAGCCAAAGCCGCAGGCAGCAACAGCCUCAACUCUGACGGUGAAAAUUUCGUUCCUCUUCUGACAUGCCUGAUAGUACAUCCUUCGUCGAAGCCAGUCUUUUAUGAAGCCUUUUGCGUGUUUCCGCACAGACAAAACUCACUCAGAAUUUCUUAAGAGGAUAAAGGAACUUCCCCAGAAAGGUUCUGUUCUGUGGUCUACUGACUUUUCAAUCCAUUUUUGAUUCUUAAAGGGACCCACAGCUCAAGGAUUAGUCCACUGAAAGAAAAAGAGGGUUAUUAUGAUAUUAGACACACUCUAUUUUCAGCCCCUGACGUCACGUACGGCUGAAACACCUGCAAAGCUCGGCCCUAGUCUUAAGAAAGAACAGACUUUUGUCUGCAUGCACUAUUUUUACCUCACCUCUGCAUGAAUUUGCAAGUGGCUGAAAAGCUAGAAUUGUUCUGUAUUUGGGCAGCGAUGGAGGGGAAGUUAAAAUCAUAUCAAUGUUACGCUUUAGUGAUAGAGAAUUUUAUAGGAUCUCAUCUUAGCUGUUGUGUGUGGGCUCAGAGCUCCAGCUGGUCUAAAAUGCUGCUAUUCACCUCCUAACUGGAAAGAAACAAAGAGACCACAACAAACCAGAGCUGCUCCCUCCUCAUGAGACACUUAUCGAAGACUUGACUAUUAUUCCAGCAGAUUUAUCUCUUUUUUUUUUCUCACAGUUAAAUCAGGAUAUAAGUUUCACUGGUGUAUUUAUUUUAAUUUUAUUUAUUUUAAUGUUUAUUUAACUAGGACAAUACAUACAACACUGCCACAAGAAAUGGAAAAUUUGAUGCAUACAAGACGUCUAGCUUCAGCUAGUUUGCAGUCUCGUCCCUGGUCAGGCUGUAGUGUAGGAUAAAAUACACUGAAUACUAUAAAUGCCAUAAUGCAAAUACAGUGAAUAAUACAGUGACUGGCUAGGUGACACAAAUAGAUAAACACAACAACAAAAUUUAGAUAUGUAUGUAUGAGACACAGUUUGUGGUGGAAAAUGCUUUUAGUUGUCUUUUAAUGUGAAGAUUUCUAACAGCAAAGUCCUCCUCAAAGACUGUAAACUUAACAGUUGAUGAUUCUGUGUAAACUUCAAUUUGUUUAUAAGGAAAUAAAAAAGCUCUUGAAACAGAAACAUUAAACUCCUCAAGAAUCAAUAUUUAACUUUUGCAGAGAGAGAAAGCGGGAGCGAUUAAUCCCUUCAUUUAUUCCUCUUUAUUUCAUUAAGUCACACUAUGGUGACUGUAAGGAUACCUAGCCCAUGUUCACACUUUAAACAAUGGAAGGUCCACACGAAUGAUCAUUUUGACAAGCUUUACUGGUUGCAGAUCUGGGUUACAGCUUCAUCAUGCCACAAGUGUAACAAAGACUGGUCUGAAACUGUCCAAGUAUAUAUAGUCGUUCACGUUUCCAAACAUUCUGCUUGCAUCUUGUUGACCUGAAGGAGAGUCCAUGUUGGGUAAUGACAAAGCACAACAUAAAACAGUUCUUGAAACAGUCUCCUUAAGAAUCAAUAUUUAACUUUCGCAGAGAGAGAAAGAGGGAGGGAGCGAUUAAUCCCUUCAUUUAUUUCUCUCUAUUUCAUGAAGUUGCCCUACGGUGACAGAAUCAGUUAAAUUUGUUAUCUCGUCGGCAUGAAUCGCUUAAUCAUCCUUGUAUUUCUCUGCAGAUAUAACCGGGGGCAUCUUGAAACCAACCCUCGCCGGCUCUAACCAGCCGCUUGGUCAGCUGCCGGAGAAGCUGGUGUCAGAUGACCUCGACUCCUCCUUGGCUAACCUUGUCGGCAGUGAGUGUCAUGCUUUUCCCCCUCUGUUAUCCUUAAAGAUCAAAUAUUCUCAGACAUUUCUCUAACAUCUCCCCUUCUCUCUCUGAAGACCUGGGCAUCGGCAAUGGCACGAUGAAGAAGUAAGUGACAAAGCGGCGUUGUGUAACUCUGCUGCAGCUUUGUUCUCUCCGGGCCGCUACGAGCUAAUGCUAACAUCAACUGUGCUAAUCUACAGUGACAUCCACUGGAGCCAGCCGGGAGAGAAGAGGAUGACCGGUGGCACCAACUGGCAGCCCAAAGCAGCGCCAACCACGACCUGGAACCCUGUUUCCAUGGUGACACGCUUUUUUCAUUUGGAUGUAGUGCUCAUGAUUUCUGCCUCUGCUGUACUCGUGUGUGAUUUUUACAGCUGAAUAACUCCGGCCCUUGUGGUGUUACACUGCGCUCGUUGUUUUACUGAGACAUAAAUCCUCACUGCGGCCUGUUUUUGUGUCCUCAGCCUCCAUCAAUCAUGGCCUUCCCUGCCACCACACCCACGGGCAUGAUGGGAUAUGGCAUGGUUAGUAUCCUGUCAAACAUAGUAAAAGUAGACCAAGUGUCACUUAUUCCUCUCCUGUUUGGUAAAAACAUUGCUCCCUAUAAUUAUUAGUAUUAUUUUUGGGAGGAUUGACUAAAUCUACUUAAACGAGGUCAAUUGAGAGGCUGUUUUACUGUGAAGACUAUUCUUUGAAGUUUUAUAAACAAAAUGAAGGAUGAUGAAAUCUCAAAAGUAUAAAUUUAAAGCACACAUGUGGCUCAUAAAUGUUUCAUUUUUCUAGUUCAGAUGUUUUUGAUGAGAAAUGAAAAACUCAGACUAGGGCCCGACCAAUAUGGAUUUUUUUUUGGCCGAUACCGAUUAUAGGGGGGAAAAAAAUCUGAUUAAACUGACGAUUUUUGACAUUUUUUUAAUGAGGUUAUAAAAAAUCUAUCUAUACUGUAGAUAUCUACAUUAUACUAUACUAUGUACUGUAGAUAUACUGUAGGCUACUGCUCUUCACGCCAACAGGAAGACCGACUGAUCAAACUCAGACCAGAAAAGCAUUUUCAAAGUUGGGGAACUUUUCAAAGUGAAACCGAAUCUUAUUCUCUGCAUUUUAUUUUUUAAAAUAUCAGCAAAAAUCUGUGAGUUUUGUCAGUCGGGCCCUAAUUAUGACUCCUCAGUGUAAAACAUACACAUUAUUUUCCACUUUUGAGAUUCUCCUUUGAUUAAUCGUUAGAUUUAUUUAAAAUGCAUAAACUAUAUGAAUGAAAGCUAAAUUUAGCAAAUUUUUAUAACUAAAAAGUCAUAAAAAGUUUAGGAGCCAAGAUACUUAGUUGUUUGAUGGAUAAUUGUUCUGUAACAACUGAAUUAGACUGAAAAGAAUAUCUAUUUAUUGCCAUCUGCAGUUGGGAUAUGGCAGGUACAGAAGGAUUUGUGUUUGUUGGCUUUAUUAAAUGUGAAAAUACUGACAAAAAACAAAAACAGUGAUAAAAAAGCAACUUUUUACAUUAUAAGAGGAUUUAUUAAAUGCCAUUUCCAUCGAUUUUCAGUCCAUUUUUCAACAAUAAAUACAAAGUUUUGCAGCUGUCGGCUUCUUAAAUGUGUCUGUCAGUGUUGAUUAGUUUGAAUAAUGUAAUUCUGGCAUGGUACAACUUCUAAUCUGUUAUAAAUAACAGAUUAAUCAAGAGAAAUAGCAAUCACCAAAUGUAUUAAUUAUCCAGUCAAAGGCCAGUAUAUUCUCUGUAAAUGUUUAAAGCAAAUCUCUGCUCUCAUACUAAACAAACCGUCUCUCUCCUCCGUGCAAAUACUCCGCUGCAGCCUCCACAAAUGGGCUCUAUGGGGAUGAUGAAUCCACCCACUAUGAUGUACUCGCAGCCCGUGAUGAGGCCACCCAACCCCUUCGGCUCUGUGUCGAGUGCUCAGGUGGGUGCUCGGCAGUCUGACUGCUCCACCACGCAGCUGCACAAUGAAGUCAGUAUCUCGGCGCGCAGUUAUCAGGUUGUGUAAAUAGGUGUAUCCAUUGUGCUGCGAUGUGGACCGUAAUGAGUCACUGUGUUAGCUUUGCUGUCAGUGUGAAUUCUGCUGAAGAUGAUGGCAGUUUUAACCGUGGAUCCUUCACUCCUUUGAGCUGAAGAGACAAAACUGUGUAUCAUCUUCCUUGUUUUGAGUCCCUGUACCCCCCCCACCCCAAAGAAAACCUCCUUGUUAUUAACCCCUUUGUCAUACAUCACAGCUUCUCCUGACUAAUCUCAUCCCUCCUCAGUCUCUGUACUGACUCUCUGACUUCUCCUCUGGUCCUCCCACCUCCUGUAUUUCUUCCUGAAAUAGCCCUCCGCAGCCUCUAGUCCUUCCAGCCAGAGUCCUCUCCGAGCCCCUGGACAGGACCCGUUUGCACACCUCUCUCUCAAGGAUUUCUUGUAGAGCAUCUCUUUAGGUACAGCAUGCUCUCUGCCUGCAGGUGUACCUGCAUGUUCUGCAUGCCCAGUGCUUAUGAUGCCCUCUCUUUUUUUAUUUAUUUGCAGUUUAAAAUGCUUGAUGUCUUUUCCAGACAAUUAGGGGUUACAUGUUUUAUUCUCAAUAAUUGACUUUUAUCUUUACUGUGAGUUGCUUUGGAUCUCGCUGGAUUUGCUGAGUCAUAACCAUGAGCCGAACUCAUUUUGCUCCUUUAUUCUUCUGCUCUCAUCCUGCUUUGUUUCUGCACCUUGUAACAGAUGCCAGAUUUAACAGACUGUUCACUAAACUCUCUGCGCUCUAACAUGGAAGCUUAAAAUAAUAAUCCCUGCUGUUCAUUAACAGAAAAUCCACAUUUCCUUUUCAAACUCAGGGGAACAAGUGUAGAGAAAUUCAGUUUUUCCUCGUGACGGUUGAUCCAGUUGAAGUAGCUGCUUGGGGGGAAACAUUCGGUGACAGUUAUCAAAUUAAUCCAAAAAAUAAAAAAGUGAGUGGAUCAAGCAGCUUUGCUCUAACAUGCCUUCGCUGUCGAGUCAAACAGUUUGUCCUCAUAUUAAAAUUUGAAAGAAAUAUUACCUGCCGGGGAACUCGGCAAACAAACUGAGGAAAAAACAGCCUGUACACUGCAGGGCUCCAAUAUGCAAACCAGGUAAUCCACCAGGACGACAUUUUGAGCUGACUCACUUUUCAUCAGACUGAGACAACACUCUGCAGCAUUUCCUUAAACACACAUGAUCACAGUCACAUGAGCUCUCAGACGAUCAAUCUCAGAUAAGAAGUAGAAGCUUUUAGAUGUUUCAUACCUGAUGAUAAAAUAUUAUCCAUGUGAGUGUUUUCCAUUCAGUAAACAAAUCAUUUAAAUGCAAAGUAGAGGAAACACACUCAGAUCGGGUUAAACGUAAACAUCGUUGAGACUGUUUGGCAUCAUUUAGUGUGUGAAACUUGUUGCAGAGACACUUCCAGUGUACGGUGCAUAAUUUACAACUAGAGAUAGGAAAAGCGAGAUGAAUUAUCAUCAUGCAGAAGACAAAUUUAAUGUUUGUUUUAAUGAUGUAAGCUGACCUUGAGUGUCAAGAAAGAUGCCUAUAAAUAAAAUGCAUGAUUAUUAUUUAAUUUUCAACCAAAAAGGAUAAAUGUCCACUUUUUAGGCUCUUAUGUGACAUCUCAGGUGACACAAUUAUACGUUCAAGUUCCCCUCAUUCUCCCUCUCGUUUGCUAUGUUCCCCUGUUCACCUCAUUACUUUCCCUUCUUUGUUUGAAUGUGCAUUUCUUGAAUUUUGAACAAUUGAGGAACUCCCAAAUUGGUCUCACUUGUGUGUUGCUGCACUAAAAUUGGCCUCUCUUCAAAUCCACUUAAUCAGCUGCUAAUUGUGUCAGCAUUAAGAAGCAGAUUUAACACAAUUGAAGGAGAGAAAAAUGCUCGAGUUUAUUACCUCCAAAGAUUCUGCUCUUAAAGCUCCUGUGAGGAACUUUCAUUUUGUGUCAAACAGUCAUCCAAAUGUAUCGUUUAUUAUCAGUAUUUUUUGUGAAAACUUUAAAAACGUGGCUGUUUUUCUUCAGCUGAACCCCAUAGCUUUCAUAGAAAUCAUGAAAAGGCACAGGUACAAAUUCCAGUCCUAUUUAAAAACAUCCAAAAACUCCUUAUAGCAGCUUUAAUGUUCAAGGUCGCUAAUAUUUACCAGCUAGUUUAUGACCCACUGAUGUUCCAGGCGUGAAAUUCUUAGACAGGAGAGUUUUCCUGCCUCCUUACUCGUUUCUCCACGAUAGACACAGAUAAACAAACGGCUUCACCGUUAUUUUUUGGUACUGAAAAUUCAAACUAGCACAGUCUGUCCAGCGUGGCUCUGAGAACAUCUCCAUCAACACCGAUUUGGCUCAAUUCAAAGCUCAAACCUGCUGUGCUCAGCGCCGGCUGCCAACGCUGCACUUGGACUUAAACGCGUCUGUGAAGGGUUUAAUGAACAGUCAUUCUGAAUUUUCUUUUUUUUUCACAUUGUUGUUGUUCUCAGUUUUUCCUCCUAACUUAUACUGUCUGCUCCCUUUCUUGCAGAUGCAGUUCAUGUAAUUUGAAGAAAAGUGUCUCUCAGAAGAUGAAGCACUUAGCAGCAAAGCUUUGUCCUCGUUGCAGUCUAACUCUUCAGAGAAACAUCCUCACACAUAAACACACGCACACACUCACACACUCGAGUACAGACAGAACACAAUGGUGCAACGACUGUCAGAAACCAUGGUAAACAUCUCCAAAUGACGUUUGGCAAUAGCCCACACCCAUUAUUCUAUAACUUGUCCAGAGACGUCAAGUGAUGCUGCUGUCUAAACCCCCCCUCAAAGAGGAUUCCUUGUCCGUUUUUACAGCGUGAUCUGUAAAGAUAGUUCCGGGCGCAGAGAAACUUUGAUGUUAUGUGUUUGGACAGACUGUGGCCGGAUGUAAAAGGCUGGACGUUCAGCUGGGGAGGGGGCGGAAGGAAAGCAGAGAGCGGUCCUCCCCUUUCUUGAUCCGAUCAUCAGUCCCUACAGUUAUUUAACAGUCACUAAGUAGUGAUGCUAAUGGCGUUUACACCUGUUUUAGUUUUUGUCUUUUUUACCGUGUUUACAGUAGACAUUCCUUGUGUGUUGUUUGUAUUUAUUUAUGAUUAUUGGUUUAAGAUUGGGGAAAAAUAAUAAUGUAAAAUCUACAGUACAUUGAACACCUGUGGGAGUGCUUCAGCAUUAAACAAGGAUCUCAGACUAUCAUCGAGAGGUAGAGUUAAAAAAAAUAGCUAUUAUAUAAAUUACACCUAUUAAGCGGAAUGAUAGAGCACUAAAUAUUCUACGAGUUUUGUGUUAAGAAAAUUUUUUACUAGAUGAAAGAUUUCACAAUCUCCGUUGUACUUAAAGUGCAGGGGUUAGAGUAUGAGUCAGUAAACAGUAUAUAGUCGAUUCUGUGCCUAGGGUUUUUGCAAUGGAUCAGUUUACUGUCUAGUUGAUUAAAAAAGAUUAAAAAAAAGAGAAAAACACGUCAUCCACGAAAAAUCUGAAGUGUCGCACUGGGUGGUGGGCUCCAUUUGCUUUUAGCUUGGCAUGCCAUUGACUCACUGACCGUAUUCAAGGCUGCCUUUACUCUGAAUGUGAAAGAGUUGUCUUCAUGUUGCACACAUCUUUCCACACUGCAGUUCCUCAGCUGGAGUUUUUUUGGGGGAGGGCGGGGUUUGAGGGAACAGAGUGUGUCUGCUUGCUGGUUAGCCGUAGCUAAGCUAAUGGUGUGAAAAAGGGUCUCAGAUUUGAUGUAAAUUAAUUGUAUAAAAGAACAAGAGGACCAGGGCGGGGCGGAGGAGCACUGUUGAUCGGUGCUCUGUGUAUAUAUAUAAUACUGACUGUUCUUUAAGAGGUGAAAAGUGAAAGAUGUAUGAAAUAUGAAAGCAAUUCAAUCAAAUUUGACUCUACCUAAGUUUGAUUCAGGAUAUUCUCUGCGUUUGUCUCCGCAGAUAUUUUCUUUAUGUAAUUAGAACGUGUAGCAGACAAUGACUGAAGUCUUUUCUUUCUUUUUCAAAUAAAGAGCAGCUUCCACAAACCAGUGCUUGUGUUUCUAAAGCUUCACUUUUGCAACCCUGAGACAUGGCUUCGGUACAGAUUCACAUUUCUCAUUGUUUGUAUUAAAGCAGCUUUCAGUGAUGAGUUAAAGAGGCUGGCUGGGUUAAACCUGCUCUAAAUUUGGGUAAAGUUUGGGCUCUGUUCAUUUAGUUAAAAAUUAAAUAUGAUCAUGCAUUUAGGGAGGAAGGAGUCUGCAGCUUAGGGGCAAGAUGAACCUGAAACAGCUGGCCACUAAAGCUCAAAGUAGGUCAUCAGAGUGGGUAUAUGAGCUUGCUGUGUGUUGUGCAGGUAUUUUUAUUUUCUGACUUGAGUCUGAUCAAAAAUUGAUCAGGAGGUGGUCCAGAUAUCUCGGCGAUCCACCAAAAUGCCUAUCCUCACAUUGGUGUUAAGUUAUUCCUUUUUUGUGAAUUUGUAGAAUUAUUGCUGUUUGAGAUGAUUUGCUGACGUCAACAUCCUCUUGCCAAGUAGAGGAGAGUGGGGUAAGAUGAGCCAUUUUUUAUAUAUUGGAUCAAGACAAUCAUAGUUUUGUCUCUAACUAGUGUAUCUUCACAUUCAUGUGUUUUUUUAAUCUAUUAUACACUAUUCAACUGGUACAAUAAUUCUUUUUAUAAUUAUUGCAUAUAACUGCUGAAAAGCUGUUUUGUAAAAACCCAUUUUAACGAGAAUUCCUUUAAGUGAUUCAGAACAUUCACGGCUGUAUUUAUGAAAGAAAAAGUCAAACAUUUCAACAAUCUGAACUGAAACUCUGAUCCUCUCAUCAGACUUCUUUACUUUCUGAGUUGAGCCACUGGAUAAACUUACCCCAGAACUACUAUGAUGACUUCUCCUUCUCCUAAAUAUUUGGUCACAUGAUAAAUUUCUUUUAUCAUUUCCAAGCAACAGGGGGUGGCUCAACCUACCCUUUGGCUCAACUUACCCCGCUCUCUCCUACAGUGAUGAUGUCAACCAGCAGGGACUGAGGACACCUGCUGGACGCUGACUGUAAUUACAGCAGCAAGAACAGCAGUUUGAUUAAAACAAAUAUGGACUAUAAAUUAACUUGGAGCUGUUUGCGCUCAGAAUUAAAAAUGGAUCAACGAGAAGGACGUUUUAUCCUCAUUUGAGCCUGAAGCAGACAAACCAGGUCCUCUUCAUCCACAACCACCACAGCCCGGUCCCUCCUCCUCCUCCUCCUCCUCCUCGUUUGUUGACUCCAGCUCAUCCAGGAGGAGCAGCAGCAGCAGACCUGAAGUGGAGGAAAACACAUCUAUGCUCUUUACUUUGCUGUCGUGUCUUUGAACAGACUCAUGGGGGAUUGGAGGAACUGGAGUGGGUUGACAAUACUUGCAGGGGUCCUUUGAGGUAGGCGACUUGUUGAAUACUUGAGAGCAAACAAAACUAUUAACUCAGCCAUGAGGUACAAAAACAGGCGUUCAUCUUCGAAGGUAAAAACUCAUGUUACUUUAAAAAACGUUUAUAAAUAUUAGCCUGGUGAAACUUUUACUUUAGUUCACUAAUGUAACAUAGUGGUCUUGUACUUAAGAGUAUUUUCAAUGUAUAUAUUUUUAACAUUUUUACGACUAAGCUACUUUUCUACGUCUGUGUUAAAAUUAACUACUUUGGCCUGACCGUUAAAGGCAAUUUGGUCACUUAUGUCCCAUUACACUUACCGUCAAACUGUCUUAAAAUAUCGCGAUUAUGAAGUGAGUAAAAAAAAACCCUGCUUAUCUUGCUUUUACUCUUUUAAUGAGGUUCUAUUUUUAAUUUUUAUUUUAUUUAAUGAUUAUUUUUUUAACCAAUAACCAGUUUUUAUAUUCCUUCACUGUGAAAUUUCUUUGCUUUUAAGAUGUAUUAUUAUUAUUAUUAUUAUUAUUAUUAUUAUUAUUAUUAUUAUCGUAUUUUUAGAAUAAAUUAAGUAAAUACAUCUGUAAUUUCUAUGACAUUAUCUAACAUAAUUUGCUAUACAUUAAAAACUGACUGGCUAUUUAAAAUAAUGAAAAAUGCUUCGUCUCAAAGGUGUAAAAUGUUUCAUGUAUUUGGAGACCUGCCUCAAAUAAAACUGCAGUCAGUCAUACAAAUAUGUCGAAGAAAAUAAAGCCCUUCUCAAGCUUUAGUUAUCUAACGGUAUUUUACUGUUUUUGUAUGUAAUACUUUUCGUAAAUUUUAAUAUUUCCUUGUAUUUCUUGCAGGAGUUAAGGGUGUCAUUGUGGUUAAACACCUUUCCUUAACUGUAAAAUAUUAUCGUCAUCAAAAAAGAGGGCACACAGCUUUAAGUGUGGGCUAAAAUAUGAAAGAGAAGUUCAUUUGCCACAUGUUUGAGCAAUUAUAAAUUAGGGCAACAGUAAAAUUCAAUGAGGAAAAGUUUCUUUAUAAUCUGAAAGACAUUUGAAGAGGUUUGUGGUAGCUGUGGUUAUAAACAAACAUAUUUUUCCUUAUCGACAACCCCCGCUUAAAGUUUCACCAAUGAGCAAGUUAAUUUAAUUUAAUUUGCCAAACAUUGAAAACAAAUGAAACAUUUUCAGCAUCUAAUUUACUUUGAUCAGAAGCGGCUGCUACAAUGAGACUCGCAUGACUACACCUCUUUUUUUUUCUUACUGUCAUAGAUUGUGUAACAAGUCAAACAAAUAAAUGUUCAGACAGUUUGUUUAUCAAGCUGUCAGCCGAAGUGAACUCAUGUUUUGUAGACAGCUUGUUCCCAAGUAAACACUCAACCACACAAGAUGCGUUACACCGUACAAGGUGUUUCAAGUACAAGGAGUUUUGUUGUCAAGUCCAGGGGUCAGUGACCUUCCAGAGUCAGAAGUUAAGUCCAGGGGCUUGUGAGGCGAUUAACAAGAGAGGGAAGAGGAAAAGUUCAGGUUAUUCAGCUUAAAUAACCUGUUUUCUUUUAAACCUUUGCUCUUUAAUUAAAUACAGAAAAAAAAUUGACAUUUCAGGCUUUUAAACUCUGAUUCAUAAGAAGCGGUGAGGGGUUCAUAGCAGGGAAUACUAGUGUUGUGUCAUUCGCGAACGAUUCGUUCAAAAGAACCAAAUCUUUUAAGUGACCGUACUGAAUCGAAUCACUUCCUCGAGUGAUUUGUUUGUUUCUCACUUCAGUUGAGCUGAAGUGAGAAACAGCAUUGCCAGUCGAGCAGCCGGUGAACGAGGGACCGCAUGCACCGACAUCUGAAUCACUUGGUGAACGAAUCACCCAUUGAACUAAGCUCUCUGGAAUCAUUUUUGUCAGAAAAAAACUACCUUUUUUUUCACCUUUUGCCACCACAAAAACUUGCAUACAAUAGGACACAGCAUGUAACAAGUAGUGCAUCCUAUCAUUGCAGCGGUGCAUGUUCAAUGUGAAUUCUUCUAAACAUUCAGUGAACGAAUCAUUCACUGAGUCCAAUUUACCGUGCAGACCUUAUAAAUAGCAUACCAUAGAACGUUACAUUGAAAACAUCAUGACUUAUAAACAAGUUCAUUUUUACAAACGUGUUUGCCAAAGCAACACAGCCAAACACUCGCAUCUCCCGCUCUGAAGAAGCUAUGAACUGAACUGAAUCCUGAACCGUUCAGUUGUGUAUCAGUUCAGGAGGUCUGAGUCACAGGCCUCUCCCGCUACAUGAUUCGGUGAUUUGGUGAACGAAUCUUUUGAAUGAAUCUUUUUAGUGAACUGAUUCUAGUAAUUCAGUACACCUAAAAGAACUGCCAUGCCCAUCACUAGGGAAUACUAUAAUUCUAGUCUAAAUCUAGACAUAUAGCUUUUUUUUCUAUUUGCAGUUGCAUUUUUAAUUAUAAAAGGCAAAACUUUUUCUUGAACUUAACAAAUUUUCAAAAAUCUUUCAGGAUGUGA